AUGGUCGGGGCAGGGCGUUCCACCCCCACUGACGCCCCCGCCAAGCCGAAGCGUCCGUGCCAUGCACGUGGCGACGGCGGCGGCGAUGCCGAUGGCAGCAGCGGCGGAGAGGCCGACAGCGACCUUCUGAGCGCCCUGCCGGACGAGCUCCUCCACGACAUCCUGUCGCGCCUCAAUGCCCUGGAGACGGCCGGUACGUGCGUGCUGUCCGCGAGGUGGCGGAACCUCUGGCGCGCCGUGCCGUGCCUCGACAUCGACGAGCGGGAGCUCACCGCCAAGCAGCCUUUUUUCGUCAACUUUACCGGCAACCUUCUCCGCGGACAUGAGGUCGCUCUCCUGGAGGACCUGAGGGUGUACCUGCGCUGCGGCAUCCUCGGGUGGUCCGCCCCUUGGGUCCGCCGCGCCAUAGGUCUGGGCGAGGCAUCGCCUUGCCGGCUCAAAAGGUUGCAUCUUUCCCACGUGUCAUCUCUGCAGCCGACGGAGCUCGCUAGCCAUGUCAGCUCCCGCUGCCCUGCUCUCGAGGACUUGAAACUGCAAGAGUGCGGCUUCUUGGCCACCGGCUACAUCAGGAUCGUCUCCUCCUCGCUCAAGAAAUUGGUCCUCGACGGCAACUAUGAUGAGGACGGCGCCGAUGAGUUUUUCGUCUUCAUUAUAGAUGCUCCUGCUCUUGUCUCUCUUCGCUUGGGCACCUCCUAUGAUGUUGAUUCCAUUGUUGCUCCUAACGAACCACAUACCAUGCCGUCUCUUGUUGAUGCAUCCAUUCAGCUAUCCAUUGGCUGCGACCUCGCCACAACCGCGUACGAAUCUGGUCUUCUUGCCGCUCUCUACAAUGUCACAAGCCUGCACUUGUUACAUUUUGGGGUCACUUUGUUGUGCCGUCAGGAUUAUUUGGAGUUCCCUGUAUUGAAGAACCUGAGGACCUUGUCUCUGGACGAGUGUCAUAUUUCCAACGACUUUAUGGGUCUGGAGCCUUACCUGCGCAAGUCGCGAAACCUGGAGAAGCUCACUUUGCGUCGUUGCAAGGUGUUGGAUUCUAGAUCUAAGAAGAAGAUGGGGGGACACCUUCAUGACCCUUCCGAUGACCUGGUGGAUUUCAAGUGCGAGAACCUUAAGCUUAGUGAAAUCAUAUACCAAGAUGGUGAUACUUCUAUCCACCUAUUGGUCAAGUUUCUGGAGGCCAUGUGGAGGAAUCUGCCAAACAACAAGAUCGAACUCACUAAAGUCAAUUAGCCGAACCGCGUGAGAAUACACUAUCGUGGUCUGUCAACAAAAAAUGAUGUGUUGGAGGAUCGCCGGGACAAAUGAAAAUCUUAGGAUGGAACUGCCAUGGUAUGCUUUCGAACACGACAGAUUUUUAGUUCAUGGAGCUCCAAGGUCGGAUUGUUGCGGAUUUGAUUUUCCUUUCAGUGUCUCAUUUGACUUGUCAGGACGAUGAGCUAUGUUGUACUUUAUCUUUUGGUUCCAUGUUUGUAGUGAAGAGUGAUGGUCAGGCCAGUGGCCUCAUUUUAUUUUAGUUGAACUAUUCAUCAGCUAAUUUUAGUGAUAUUUUGUUUAUGGUUAAGAACAUUGUACAAUGGCGCUUUA